AUGCAAGCCCACGAGCUGUUCCGGUACUUUCGGCUGCCAGAGCUGGUUGACUUCCGGCAGUACGUGCGCACCCUUCCAACCAACACGCUUAUGGGCUUUGGCGCAUUCGCGGCGCUCACCACCUUCUGGUAUGCCACGCGGCCACGGGCCCUGAAGCCGCCAUGCGACCUGGCCAUGCAGUCAGUGGAGGUGCCGGGCAGUGAUGGUGCCCGGAGAUCCACGCUCCUAGACAGUGACGAGCCCCUGGUGUAUUUCUACGAUGACGUCAGAACGUUAUACGAAGGUUUCCAGAGGGGCAUACAGGUGUCCAAUAAUGGCCCAUGUUUAGGCUCUCGGAAACCAGACCAACCCUAUGAAUGGCUGUCAUACAAACAGGUUGAAGACAUGUCAGAGUGUGUGGGUUCAGCACUGCUCCACAAGGGCUUCAAGGCAGCCCCAGACCAGUUCAUCGGCAUCUUCGCUCAGAACAGACCUGAGUGGGUGAUCAUUGAACAGGGAUGCUUUGCUUACUCGAUGGUGAUCGUUCCCCUCUACGACACCCUUGGAACUGAAGCCAUCACCUACAUCAUCAACAAAGCCGAACUCUCUCUGGUUUUUGUGGACAAGCCAGAGAAGGCCAACCUCCUACUAGAAGGUGUAGAAAAUAAAUUAAUACCAUGCCUUAAAACUAUUGUUCUCAUGGACUCCUACGGCAGUGAUCUGCUGGAACGAGGCAAGAAGUGUGGGGUGGAGAUCAUCAGCAUGAAAGCCUUGGAGGACCUGGGAAGAGCCAACAGACGGAAGCCCAAGCCUCCAGCACCUGAAGAUCUUGCAGUAAUUUGCUUCACCAGUGGAACUACAGGCAACCCCAAAGGAGCAAUGAUUACCCAUCGAAAUGUAGUGAGCGAUUGUUCAGCGUUUGUGAAAAUGACAGAGAACACGUUCACUCCUACCUCAGAUGACACUUUGAUCUCUUUCUUGCCUCUGGCCCACAUGUUUGAGAGGGUUGUAGAGUGCGUGAUGCUCUGUCAUGGAGCUAAAAUAGGAUUUUUCCAAGGAGAUAUCAGACUGCUUAUGGAUGAUCUCAAGGCCCUUCAACCCACCAUCUUCCCUGUGGUCCCCAGACUGCUGAACCGGAUGUUUGACCGAAUUUUUGGACAAGCAAACACCACGCUGAAGCGAUGGCUGUUGGACUUUGCCUCCAAGAGGAAAGAGGCUGAACUUCGCAGUGGAAUCAUUAGAAACAACAGCCUCUGGGAUAAACUGAUCUUCCACAAAAUACAGUCGAGCCUGGGAGGAAAAGUGAGGCUGAUGAUCACAGGAGCAGCGCCCGUGUCCGCCACCGUGCUCACCUUCUUGAGGGCCGCGCUGGGCUGCCAGUUCUACGAAGGCUACGGACAGACCGAGUGCACCGCCGGCUGCUGCCUGACUAUUGCUGGGGACUGGACCGCAGGCCAUGUUGGUGCCCCAAUGCCUUGCAGCAUUAUCAAGCUUGUUGAUGUGGAAGAAAUGAAUUACCUGGCUGCCAAGGGUGAGGGCGAGGUGUGUGUGAAAGGGCCAAACGUUUUUCAAGGCUACUUGAAAGACCCAGUGAAGACAGCAGAAGUUCUGGAUAAAGAUGGCUGGUUGCACACAGGGGACAUUGGCAAGUGGUUACCAAAUGGCACCUUGAAGAUCAUCGACAGGAAGAAGCACAUCUUUAAACUGGCACAAGGGGAGUACAUAGCUCCUGAGAAGAUCGAAAACAUCUACCAGCGAAGUGAACCUGUCUCUCAGGUGUUUGUCCAUGGAGAGAGCCUGCAGGCAUUUCUCAUAGCAAUUGUGGUACCGGACGUUGAGACACUAGGUGCCUGGGCCAAGAAGAGAGGCAUUGUGGGCUCAUUUGAAGAACUGUGCAGAAAUAAGGAUGUCAAAAAAGCUAUUCUAGAAGACAUGGUGAGGCUCGGGAAGGAGUCUGGCCUAAAACCAUUUGAACAGGUCAAAGGCAUCUGUCUCCACCCUGAACUCUUCUCUAUCGACAGUGGCCUUCUGACCCCAACCAUGAAGGCUAAAAGGCCAGAGCUUCGGAAUUACUUCAGGUCACAGAUCGAUGAGCUUUACUCCACCAUCAAAGUCUAA